AUGCUUCCACACAGAAGAGCGGAUUCCCCCCUUAAGUCGACUUCUGUAUCUCGAGUUGGCUCAUUUACCAGGUUAAAUCAACCUCAACAAGAUUCAAAAGUUGCAGGAGCUAGCAAUCAUGGAACAGUGCCAUCAACACCAUCGGGAUAUGUGACUUCAUCUUUGAACCCAUUAAAGACGCUGGUUUCCACUACGCAUCUACCGCCAAAUAGUAAGAUACGAACAAAUGAGGAACUUGAAGCAUUUAAUCGGUUGCCUAUAGUCCAACAUUUGGACGAGUUUAGAAAUUUGUUGGACAAAUUAAGUGAAGAUAUUUCGCUGUUUAAAGAGGAUACCUUUUAUUCCACAAUUGAGGAGAUUACCAAGGUAAAUAAUACAUUGGAGCAGGACAUUGCCGAUCUAAGUAAGCACGAGCAAAGGAAAAGGGCUGUGAAAAAUUUGCUGUCCAAAAAUAAGAAUCUUGAUGACAGGUUGAAAAGCAAUUUGAAGGAGUUAUUGAAGUAUAGGAACGAGUUAAAGAAACUUCCAACGGCGCCAAGUUAUAAAGAAAAUUACACCAAGAAGAAUAGUGCCUCCAAUACGCAAGUUACUACUAAAAACAUAUUGGAGUACUCCAUGAAAUUGGCCAAAUUUACAAAAGCUCCAGCAGCAAUGGGGAAUAUGCCAUUUCAAAUCCAUCCUAAUAAUUAUAUAUGGCCCGCAGAAGAUUCAUUGAGACGAGGGGUGCUUGCAAUGAGCUCUCUUCAAGGAGAUGAAAUAGUGCAAAGUAUACUAGGUACCACCACUACCACUGACAGCAGCGUUGCGCAAAAUGACGAGGAAGAAAUAGUUGAAGAGAUGAAGAAAAAGCCAAGUGCAGAUGAAGAAACAUCAGAAGAAAAGGUAUUGGCAAAGGAGACAAAGUCAUCAUCAUCAUCAUCAUCAUAUACACCUGAUCAGCAUAAUGACGAGCCAAAGAAAACAGAGCCAGUUGAGACUGUUGAUUUAGAUCUAGAUUUAUUUGAUCCCGACGACGAGUAUUCAGAUUAA